AAAUGUUUCAAUUUUAUACACAUUUUAUUUUAGACUUCCCCUAAAGUGUUCGUAGUAAUCUUCGUAACAAUGUCCCUAAAGAGGCAAUAUGUGUCAGCUUUCACUGGAUAUUUCAGAGACGGCACCAAACGCAUUGACCUUGUAUUGGUUAUUAAUGAUGACGGGGACAGUAAGGUCGAAAUGUUGAGAGUUAAUUUUUUAUCCAAUGUUGUAAAGACCGGUCUCGAAAUUGAAUUGGAGCAAGGAGUGAGGGCGAAAAAUAAAAACCUGAUUUUCGUAAAAAUACAUGCACCUCCCCACGUUAUUAUCCAAUAUGGAGAGUUUUUCAAUAUACGGAGGUUUUUCAAAGAUAACCAUGCUGAUUUCAUAAACCCUCGUAGUUGGUAUUUUGAUAUGUUGCCCAUUGGUACAGACAAGAGACGAGAGAGAGAGUUGGUCAAAUUCGUAAGAAAACAAAACAAAGGACCUCUAAAUUAUUCGACCCUCGAACGGAGUACUAUUGUUUAUAAAAUUCUGCUUAUGCUGCCGUUCGGCCUUUACGAAAACUAUGUAGGUUUAAAUAGAUUACUUAAACAUCGUAUCAUACUCGAUGCGUUUCCAUUGCACGACGGGCCUUACUUUUUUGUUCCAAGUCAAGAUCCAACUAGAAUCAAUGGACGCCAGGUUCUCUCUCGUACGUGGUUGAACAUUGGCAAACUUUUAAUGUGUAGACAACCUUAUAGCCUUAUUCACGAUUAUAUGGGGGAAAGAGUUGCAUUUUAUUUCGCUUUCUUAGAAUAUUAUAUAAAGGCAUUAUUUCUCGCUUCUAUUCUGAGCAUAGUGUUAUUUAUAAUGGCUUAUAAUUCAAAAGAUACCUAUAAAAUAAAAUCUAUGACGUGCAAAUCUCAAGACCAGGUUUGCGGUGUUUGCGCCACCCACACUUGGUGUCCUUCAAGGUCACUUGAAGAAUACUGUUGGAAGGCUCGAUUGAUGCAUGUAACUCACAGUAUUCCUAACGCUUAUCUUUGUUUGUUGGUCGGACUUGGAAGCACUUUAUUUGUUCCGUUAUGGGAGCGCAGGACAUGUUACCUAAAUUGGCUUUGGGAAAUUAAUCAAUCUUAUGUUAAAAAAGCUGUAAGGCCGGAAUACAUAAUUCCUGACAAUUUACCAUGGAGGAGAAAUUACGUCAGACAGAUUUUGUUAACAAUUUACAAUAUCUUUAUCUACGCGGUUUAUGGCGCUGUAAUAGUAGCAUUAAUGCUUUUGGUAAUGUAUUAUAAACACGCCAUUUUCUAUUACACAGUUGGUACAAAACCAUUUAGAAAUUUUUAUUAUGUACUUGCUGGUAUAGCGGCUUUUAAUUUUGUUUUUGCUGUAAUCAUGCAGUGA